AUGCCUGGGAACCUCGUCUCCCCGCCUGGCUCCCAUACUCCACCCUCCGGCCGGUCAAAAUCAACCACCCGAAAUACAGGCUUAGAACCUGCAAAGUUUCGAUCUAGACAUGGCUCAGAACCGAUUAACCCAGAUGCUCUCGCACAAGCGCUCAGGGAAUUUGAGGAUGUUGGUCGGCAAAGGGAAAGAACACCUGGAAGCAGUCCUUGUCGGAAGCGACAAAGGGUUUAUGGUGAUAGAUUUAUCCCAAACCGCGAGGGACAGGACUUGCAAGCGAGCUAUAGCCUCUUGCACGAAGAUGGGUGCCCCUCUACUCCCUCGAAAACGAAAAGGAGACCUCCGCACGGGGAAAUCCACUUUCAAAAAACUGAAGAAGCCAACCGGACAUACUCACGGAUUCUCCGAAACGAAUUCUUUGGGGAUGCUGUGCCCCAGUCAGAUCUACACACCCUUUCCCCCGAAACACAUCCUGGCUAUACACCAUCCCACGAUCCUACUCGCUCGCACACCCCUCCGUCUCACAAAGCUGCCUCGUCAUUGCCUCCCGCUAGCAUCACACCUUCAACACCCAGUAAAAACCUAUUCUCAUAUUCCUCGCCCAGAAAAGCGUCAGGAAACCCAACCCCAUCCAGGACCCCCCACAGCGGGUCCAAUUUCAACGCCAGGUCCGAAAUUUACAGUUUAUCUCCGAUACGAUUCGACAGCCAGCGAAUAUUACAAAGUUUACGUAAACAACCUAGAUACGUAAACAAGGUCCCAUUCAAAGUUCUAGACGCGCCUGAUUUGGCAGAUGAUUUCUAUCUCAAUCUUGUGGAUUGGGGGAACACAAACAUUUUAGGUGUGGGUUUGGGUUCGGCUGUUUAUAUGUGGGAUUCUAUAAGUGGAAAUGUCACCAAGUUGUGUCAGUUAAGCGAUGAUACUGUUACCAGUGUUAACUGGAUACAACGAGGUACGCAUCUCGCGGUUGGAACAGGGAAAGGCCUUGUUCAAAUAUGGGAUGCUGAGAACUGUCGACGGCUACGAACGAUGACCGGGCAUACCCUUAGGGUGGGCGCCCUUGCCUGGAACGACCACAUCCUUACUUCUGGCUCUCGGGAUCGGAUUAUUUAUCACCGUGAUGUCCGCUCCCCAAACCAAUAUCUCCGUCGAUUGACCGGCCACAAGCAAGAGAUAUGUGGUUUGAAAUGGAAUACUGAAGAUGGCCAGCUUGCUUCUGGCGGUAACGACAAUAAGCUGCUUGUCUGGGACAAGUUAGGUGAAACUCCAUUAUAUCGGUUUUCUGAUCAUACCGCUGCCGUAAAAGCGAUUGCUUGGUCGCCCCACCAACAUUCUUUACUGGCGUCUGGCGGAGGGACGGCGGACCGCACUAUCAAGUUUUGGAAUACAUCCACCGGAACUCUCAUCAAGGAGGUCGACACUGGGAGCCAAGUUUGCAAUUUAGCCUGGUCAAAGAAUUCCGACGAGAUUGUCAGUACCCAUGGCUAUAGCCAAAAUCAAAUUGUUGUUUGGAAGUACCCUCGCAUGGAACAAAUAGUGUCCUUAACUGGUCACACGUUUCGUGUGCUUUACCUGGCAAUGAGCCCAGAUGGUCAAACUGUGGUGACCGGAGCUGGAGAUGAAACGUUACGUUUCUGGAAAAUUUUCAAUAAAAAGGGCUUAAAAGAUCAUGGGCGUGAAAAUAAAUUAGCAGCCUUGACGACAAUUCGGUAG